CAUUAUCCAAAUGUCGAAUAAAUCCGAGAAAGUCCGCAUAUUUGCAGCCUGUCAAAAAUCGGGGAAAAGUGAGAUUUGUCCUUUUCGUAGUGUAUUGAAUCUCCUUCUCAUUAAAGUAUGGAUGUAUAGCUGUGUACAAAUAAUAGUUUGAAAAUUUGAGAUUGACAGAAUCCGACGACUUAAGGGACUUAUGUCAAAUUGUUCGAAAAAUUCUGAUCAUGAAUGAUGAAAAUUUGAGAUUGGAAAAAUAUAAAAAUUAAGGAUGUCUGCAACAUUCUUGCAUAUAGGCGAUAUUGUAUCCCUGUAUGCCGAGGGGAAUGUAAAUGGAUUCAUAUCAACCCUAGGUUUGGUUGAUGACAGGUGUGUGGUCCAGCCAGAAGCAGGUGAUUUGUCAAACCCUCCAAAGAAAUUCAGAGAUUGUUUGUUCAAGAUCUGCCCUAACAACCGUUACUCUGCUCAGAAACAGUUCUGGAAAGCUGCAAGACAAAGUUCAACAAAUUCUACAGAUCCUGUCCUUCUGAAGAAAUUGCAUCAUGCAGCAGAACAAGAAAAGAAACAGAACGAAAAAGAGAAUCAGAAAGAACUUGGUAAAGAUGUCCAAUAUGGCUGUGUUAUACAGCUGCUUCAUCUUAAGAGUAACAAAUAUCUGACAGUAAACAAGAGAUUACCAGCUCAACUAGAGAGAAAUGCUAUGCGGGUAUCUCUAGAUGGUUCCGGCAAUGAGGGAUCCUGGUUCUACAUUGUACCAUUCUACAAGCUGAGACAGGCAGGAGAUAAAGUUGUUGUUGGUGACAAGGUGAUAUUAAACCCGGUGAAUGCAGAACAGCCCCUGCAUGCUAGUAACUAUGACCUCCCUGACAACCCAGAGUGCAAAGAGGUCAACUCUGUCAGUUGUAACACCAGCUGGAAGAUGGUGCUCUUUAUGGACUUCAAAGACAACAUGGAAGAUGUUCUUAAAGGAGGAGAUGUUGUACGACUGUUCCAUGCUGAAGAGCAGAAGUUUCUCACAGCAGACGAAUAUAAAAAACAGCAGCAUGUUUUUCUCAGGACCACGCAGAGAUUGUCAGCUACGUCUGCUACUAGCUCAAAGGCAUUGUGGGAAAUUGAGGUUGUGCAACAUGAUCCAUGUAAAGGAGGGGCUGGUCACUGGAACAGUCUUUUUCGGUUCAAACACCUUGCUUCAGGACAAUAUCUUGCUGCAGAGAUUGACAAUGAUCCAAGAAUAGAUCCCACCAGACAGAAGUUACGAGGCUCUCCUAUUGCUAAUGUAUACUGCCUAGUAUCUGUACCACAUGGGCAUGAUAUAGCCACGUUGUGGGAGCUAGACCCCACCACAAUGACUAGAAGUGACACCCUUGUUCCAAGGAAUUCCUAUGCACGUUUACAUCAUCUAUGUACUGGGACAUGGGUUCACAGUACAUCUUGUUUAGCCAUUGAUAAAGAUGAAGAUAGGCCUGAGAAAAAUAAG